UUCUACUGUAUUCCUCUGUGUGCGUUGAACUGUUGUCAAUUUGAUUGUCAAACUUGUCAUUGUUGUCAAUCAAUUCAAGAUUGUGUUGUGGUAUUUGUGGUGUUUUUAAUUUACUAAUAAUGACGAGACACGCAAGAAACUGUACGGCUGGUGCUGUAUACACGUACCAUGAAAAGAAGAAAGACGCUGCAGCUUCUGGAUACGGUACACAAAGUGAGAGAUUGGGAAAAGAUUCUAUCAAGAAUUUUGAUUGCUGCAGCUUAACUCUACAGCCUUGUAGAAAUCCAGUGAUUACAAAAGAAGGAUACUUGUUUGACAAAGAAGCUAUUUUAAAGUACCUAGUGGCGAAAAAGAAUGAAUACUCACGCAAGUUGAGUAAGUACGAGAAACAGUUGAAGAAGGAGGAAGCUGAAAAGGCGGAGUUGGCGGCGGCUGAGAGAGAGUCCAAUUUGAUUAAGUUCAUGAACAGGGAGAAGAAUAUCUCGAGUAACCAACAGGCAGAAGCUUCGACUUCAUCGUCAUCGGUAUCAAAUCUCGCUAAUGGCCACGCAAAGAAAUUGCCCAGCUUCUGGCUGCCCUCUGAACUACCUGACGCAAAAAUUUCCAAAAUUGAAAAGCCUGACUCCACCGUCUAUUGCCCAAUAAGUGGGAAACCAUUAAAAAUGAAGGAUCUGAUUGAUGUGAAGUGGACAUUAGUCAAUGACCCAGAUGACAAAAAGUCUCUGAUUGCUAAGGAGAAUAGAUAUAUGUGUCCUGUCACUCAUGAUAUUCUCAGUAAUGCUGUCCCAUGUGCUGUUAUCAGAACAACUGGUGAUGUAGUCACAAUGGAGUGUGUUGAGAAGAUCAUCAAAAAGGAUUGGCUGCACCCACUCACUGGUGACAAGUUGAAGGAGAAAGACAUCAUCCCUCUUCAAAGAGGAGGCACAGGAUAUGCCCUCACUAAUCAAAAACUGGAGGGAAAGAAUGAGAGACCAGUUCUACAAGCUUAGGAUAAUUUAUUUUUAUUUUUACAACAUAAGUUACGUUAUAAAGUUUAUAAAAAAAUAUGUUCUUAUUUAUAACUCUAUCUUUGAACUAAAGGAUUGCAAUGUAUGUACAUAAUUAUGUAUCAUUACCUUGUAAAAAAAACAACCAUAUAUUGAAUAAAGCAAUGUUUGUUUGAAAUAUAA